AAUACAUUUACGGAGAACUUUUGUAUGGUGCAAUUGUUACUUUCAAUCAUUUUAAGAUAACGAGCAUCACUUUCAGACAAUCAACAGUAUAAAGCUGAUUAAUAAGUCGAGUUUAAGGGUUUAAUAAAUCAUUUCAUAAUUACUUUGGACUGAUGUGGUAAUUAUAUUAGACUAUAAGUCUUUUUGUUUUGUUAAGAGUCUUUGUAUGGCAGUGAAAUCCCCUGAUCUGGGAUCUGUUAGUAUUGCCAUGGAAGAAAGCCUGUGUAAUGGAGGCACACAAACACAGCCACAGGAGUCUCCAUUACUGGCCCAACUGAAAAAAGUAAAGAAUCAGAUAACUGAAGCACAGUGCUUUUCUCACCUCCCCAAACGUUCUGCCGUGAACCUGGAGUUCUCCAACCUGUCCUACACAAUCAACGAGGGGCCAUGCUGGAAGAAACAAGGUUACAAGACCUUACUCAAGUCUCUAUCUGGAAGGUUCUGGAGCCAGGAGUUGAUUGGGAGCAUGGGUCCCUCAGGGGCUGGAAAGUCCACUCUGAUGAACAUCCUGGCUGGCUACAAAAAAAGAGGGAUGACAGGACAAAUCCUGGUAAAUGGAAAGCCCAGAGAUCUCCGCACCUUUCGCAAAAUGUCAUGUUACAUCAUGCAAGAAGAUAAACUGUUGCCCCAUCUUACAGCUCAGGAGGCCAUCAUGGUGUCUGCCAACCUGAAAGUCAAUAAUACUGUCGAGGUGAAGAAAGAACUGGUUAAAGAGAUUCUGACAGCCCUGGGACUUCAUGCAUGUGCCCACACUCGCACUAUCUUCCUCUCUGGUGGGCAGUGUAAGAGGCUGGCAAUUGCCCUUGAGCUUGUGAACAAUCCUCCAGUUAUGUUCUUUGAUGAGCCCACGAGUGGUUUGGACAGUGCUUCAAGUUUCCAUGUACUAUCAUUAAUCAAGUCUCUGGCCCAGGGGGGGCACACCGUGAUUUGCACCAUUCACCAGCCCAGUGCUAAACUCUUUGAAAUGUUUGAUAAGCUCUAUAUCCUGAGUCAGGGGCAGUGUAUAUAUAAGGGCACUGUGCCAUACCUUAUCCCUUAUCUUAGAACCCUGGGACUACACUGCCCCACAUAUCACAACCCUGCAGAUUUCAUCAUUGAGGUAGCAUCAGGAGAAUACGGAGAUUUGAGUCCAGUUUUGUUUGAAGCUGUGCAAGGUGGACUUUGUCUUCUGGAGGAAAAGAAGCAUUGUGAAAAAAACAAACCUUCAAGCUCCUGCCUUGCAAAAUAUGCCAAAGACUCAGCUUACCAUGAGAAUCAUACAUUUGCAACAAGCAGUUUGACUCAGUUCUGUAUCCUCUUCAAAAGAACAUUCAUAACAAUAUGCAGAGAUCAAGUGUUGUCACACUUGCGGUUAAUGUCACACAUCUUCACUGGAGUGUUGAUAGGCUUGCUCUACCUUAAUAUUGGCAAUGAUGCCAGUAAAGUGUUCAACAACACAGGAUUCCUAUUCUUCUCCAUGCUAUUCCUCAUGUUUGGAGCCCUUAUGCCUACAUUGCUCACUUUUCCUCUGGAGAUGGCUGUAUUUUUAAGGGAACAUCUAAACUACUGGUACAGUCUGAAAGCCUACUAUCUUGCCAAGACAAUGGCUGACAUUCCAUUUCAGAUCAUCUGUCCUAACAUGUAUUGUAGUAUUGUGUACUGGAUGACUGAGCAGCCCCCUGAAGCAAGUCGCUACUUACUUUUUAUGGCCUUGUCCAUCUGCACUGCCUUAGUAGCUCAGUCCCUGGGCCUCCUUGUUGGUGCCACUUCCACCUCCCUUCAGGUGGCCACAUUUGUUGGCCCUGUGACAGCUGUUCCAGUCCUUCUCUUCUCUGGGUUCUUUGUCAAUUUUGACACCAUUCCAAAGUAUCUUCAGUGGAGUUCUUAUGUUUCUUAUGUCAGGUAUGGUUUUGAAGGGGUCAUUAUAUCAAUCUAUGGAAUGAAUCGCUCUGAGUUUGACUGCCCAGAAAAAGUCUGCAAGUUCCAGAAACCUGAAGAAGUACUGCAGUUGUUGAAUAUAGAGGAUGGCAAGCUUUACAUGGACUUCAUCAUACUGGGCAUUUUUUUUGUCAUCCUUAGGCUGGCUACAUACCUGGUACUACGUUACAAAGUCAAAUCUGAGAGAUAAUAUUUCUUUAAUGCAUUCACAUCUUCUGUGCCAUGUCCUUUAUGGUUUCUGUUAUUUCUGUGCCAUGUCCUUUAUGGUUUCUGCUAUUUUUCAGGCCUUUUUGACAGGUAAAUUGCCAAACUGUUCAAAAUCAGUAUGUUGUAUUAUGCAGCAUUGUAUUGCUUUAAUUUGAAGAAAGUCGACUUGGAAAUUACUGCACUGCAGCACACUACCAUGAUUGUAUUACACUGUCUAAACCCAUCACCUAUUUAUAUCUAAAGUUCAUGAAAACCAAUGGAAACCUGUAUAUGCUGCAGGGUUUUUUCCCUCUUUAUUUCUUUUCUUUUUUUUUUAAACAAACUACGUGACACGCUUGAAAAUAUAUUUUUCUUUUAUAUGUCCUUAAGUCCAAGUCUAAAUUGUCAUGGCCCUCAGGGGCAAUUCCACCCCUGUUCCCCAUGUAGAACUUCUUCCUCUGUUGACUACCUCCAUUUUCUGUGUAACCUUACUCACGUGUUUCUUAUUUCACUGAUUGGUUAGUGCUCUAUUCAGUUCCCUGUCUUUCUUCCUUAGUUGCUGGAGCAUUAUUUCAAGUUCGGUUAUGUUUAAGUUCUUGGUUUUCUUAUGUUUGUUAUACUUAUUUUAUUUAUUAUUUGUUUUUGAUUAUUUAGCAUUUUUCUAAGUGUUUAUUUUCAGGUUUAUUAAGUUCUGAUAAUCCUGGUUCCUAGUGUGUCUACUCCUGUGUCCCUAAAGUCUGUGUCCUUGAGCCUGUUCCCUGUGUUAACCCAAUAAAGAAGUUCUGCACAUACAUCCGCCUCCUUGGACUCUCCCUCGUGAAAUAGAUAGAUCAUCAGUCAAUGAAUGUUUACAAUGGCCUAAUUCCUGCAGCGUUGGCUGUCAUUGUGAAUAAGAGAUGGUUAAAAAUAGAGAUUCGGAACCCAAGACCAAAAAGACUUUAUGUAUGUGUGAUUCAUUGACAUUUCUAUAGCUGUUGUUUCAGUCCUUAAUCUAGUUAUGUUAAGGAGCAUUUCUUACUGCUGCUGCUGUGAAGAAACUGGUGAGCUUUUGCAAACUACAUUAGACUUAUUAAUUUUCUUUCUUUUUUGGGGCACUGCUGUUGCUUUUGAGAGCCCUGAUUAGCUAGCUAACAUGUUACAGUAUCUCUUCAGUUUUAAAAAUAAAACGUGUAUAUAUUUUUUUUUCAUCCAGCUGGGG